GUCGUGCCGGCAGCAGAACCGUCUGCAGAUGCGCGUGAUUCGGAACGUCUCCUACGUGAAGUGUACUUUCGGGCCCCGCCCGUAGGGCUGGGGCUGGCUGGCUGCAGCCGUCCCGCCCACUUUGGUUGUUGUCGACUCGACUCUGCUCUCGAUUUCCAUCGCACCCUACUCGAUGUGCUGCUAAAACGCUGCGGCCGACUGCGAUGAUCGACUGUAAUUCGGUAUUUCGCGAUCGAAAAAAGUCCUGCGAUUCGGACGAGUUUCGGCGACGCUCCGGUUCAUCACGCAGUGACGGAAAACGAUGGGGACGUAAGGACACAGGAGGUGGCGAGUUGAGAUGUUGUAUACAGCCGGAUCUACUUCGCAGUAAUGUCGACAAGCACUGGUUUUUUGAAGAUGAACAGGUUCGAAUAAAUGGGUCGGUGUUUGCGCGGCGCGAAAACUUCGACAAUCUGCUCUCGAUCAUUCCGAUGUCGAAGUUCAACGGGAUCCAUAUCAAGAUGGAAGACGACUGCCCACAAGGGGGUGACGAUGUCCGUCUCUGCUUGCUGAAGACAUUAGGAGCACAUAACCAUCGUACUGUGCCCUGUGUUGGUUGCCGUCGUGACAUGGUGGUUUACGACCGAUAUCCGCUUGUCGAUGGUGUAUUCUUCUUGUCACCUGUUUGCCAUUUUGGACCUCCCACAGAGGUAAUGUAUGACGGUAAGCGUAACUACCUGCAACAACUGUGCGCGAGCUGUUUGUGGGCGGAUUGGCGCUGCAAUAACUGCGGUCGAGAUGGAUGGUUCAACGGAAAGUCUAUCGUUCUCGGGACUUUGUACUACUAUGAUAUAGUAUCUGCCGGCAAAUGCUGUCCACCUACAUGCACCAUAAUGGGCAAUUACAGUAUCGUCCACGAGCCGAUCACAUGUUCGGCUUGCGGCUCGAAAAACUAUCACGGUAUCCGAAGAAUGAAAGACAUCUUAAUUCGUUCGCCAUUGGCUCGAGCCGGAUCCCUAUAAUCAAAAUUCCGCUAUAUUCCAUAAUUCUGCUUUCGUCUCGAGACCAGAAGCACAGAGCAGCUGUGUUUCUUUCGCUAGCACCGUGCUAAUCUCACUAGGAAAUGGUCAGAUUAUAUUCCGAUUAGAGACUUUAUGUGCUGUUAUUCUCAUCAUUAGCCUAAGCCUCGAAAAAAUGUUACUUUCGGGACGGCUAGAGUCUAUGUUUGCCUUGUUGUGUUGUUUAGUAGAACUGAUUCUUCCCCCAUAUAUUUUUUUCGGACACCGGGUUGAUCGAGCACAGCGAUAGCCUCGGCUGAAUAUGAGAUUUCGUAGUCCAGUCUAGCACGACCACUUACCACGCUAUACCCCCCUCCCCUAGUCGUCAGUCGUCUUGUAGGACCGUGUUUACGUAAGCGCCUGAAUCCGGAAACGGUGCACGCACAAAUCACGCCUCGCGUGUACCUGCGUCUCCAGCCUCGAACACUUCUAUUUACGGCUGUGUGCGUACCUCAUAGCAAGCCUAUUCUAUCUAUGUCCACUGCUGCAAAACAACUCCGGCCCGAGCUGAGUGCCGAUUGAAAACAUCGACGGGGGAAAAUACGAACGCCGUCGGGGGUUGACAAAGGGGCUGGAGGCGUAAAGUAGCGCGUUUCGGGACAUGUUUGUCGCCUUUUUAUGAGUGACCUCAAUUUUUUUAACCUCCUAGUUUCUCUAGGAUAUACUUUACUCGAAAGAGCAAAUGUGAUAGACCAUAACGUUAGAGUCCUGCGAUUUUAGAAGAUAAGAUUUGGAAAUUUUUGAAUAAAUCAAAGGCACCCGAUUCCCUUUGAAGUGGUCAAAAACCAAUUUUAGUCGCUUACACAGUUUACCAGGAGGUAAAGGCUGGUUGACGAGGAGCUCGGUUUAUAUUGCGAAGCAACUGCGAGUUAGAGCUCUCGUACGGCCGCACACGCUUCGCUUAUAUGAGCAACCGCCUUCGCCUGGGAAUAGACUUUGUCCUCAUUUUUUAAUCAAUUAUUAAGGCGAAUUAUCAACCACAGCGUGUCUGAGUGCUUCCCUUCUUCUCAUCGCUACCUCCCUCCCCUUCUUUCCUCCCUCUCCGCUCUAUUUUUUUUCUAUCCCCACGGCCCCUCGUUUUCUAGCAUAUUUUGUACAACCCGCACCGGUGUGAAAUUCAGCGCCUCGCUUGAAAUUGUGUGUGUUUGUUCUGUUUGCUUUGUAUUCUCCAUAUAUCAUUCGUCGUUAAUUUCUCACACACCAGCCGUGUUCGGGUACCCGUCGUGUCCUACCGUAUUCCCGCCUCACUUCCGGAUAGUCCGAUUAGCCUACCUCCCGACCCCCCAAAUGUUUUUAGGUGACAAUGAUCAUGUUGUUUCGGAAGCAUACAUACCCGCCUCCUUUACCCACCCACCCUCCUCUUUUUUGUUGUGUUCAUCCGUUCGUUCAUUCGUUUUUUUCCGGUCAUUCAUUCGUUCGAUCUAUGCAGUUAUUCUUUCGCUAGCUGAGUUGAGUUAUGAAAAGUGUUUAAGUGCUGUACAUUAUGUACGUAUCUUCGGCUUUGGAUAAAGAUUGGUCGCAAAUAAAGCACAGAAAGUUAGAAGACUCAUUUGCUCUUGAAGAGUAAGAAGC